CAUGUAGUUCGUUGCUGAGUCGAUCAAUGUUCUAUGUACUACCGGGCUUAGAUACUAAACCCCACCUCGUUAUGUAAGCAACGAAAGUUCAAUCCUACUGUGACAUAAGCACAGGACUUUCCUUGCCGCCGGCAUCUAUCAAUAGACCAGUAUCAGGUUGUCGCCAGACUAAGCUCCCAAAGGCCCUGAGAUAUUCAUAUUUAUUCGUAGGAAUUACUCAAAGCCCCUCGACUUAGACCGGAGACACCGAUACAGUGGAAUGUCUAACAGGCUUGACAACGUGGGAGCCUCAGGUGCGGUGACCCGGGAGCACCCCUGCGUCAUCCAUAAACUCGUGCCAUGGCGCCCUGCCAUUCGUCAGGCAUCACCAUUUUGCCAAUCCCAUCUACAGAUCACAAAGGUUUGGACGCUGCUAUGCAUAGGUAUAAAAGCCAGCCUGUUUCUGACCGUGGCCACUCACCUAAGAGUUAUCAUUCGAGAUCAGAUCCUUUAUCAUCCUGUACAGAAAAUGCGCUUCUCCAUCCUUGCCGCUAUUGUUGCUUUAACAGCAUCUGUAUCUGUCAGCGCAUGCAGUCAGCCAAUGCAGCCGUGCACAACCCGUUUGGAUUGCUGCAGUAAUGUUCUUAAUUGUGUGGAUGGAUUCUGCUCAUACGACCUUGAAGAGU